AAAAGUAGGAUGCAAGAGGAAACUAAAUAACAAGCAUCUUUCCUGACUUGUGUGCUACAUCACGUGCUGAUGCAGGAAACUAAAUAACAGUAUCACGACCACAUCACAUAAUAGCAUGGAAUGGAAUGGAAGUCUGAUACCAAACAAACAUGCUAUAAGAAACCCUGUAGCGUAGCAUUUAGGGUUCCUCUGUCCUUUUACUCCUAAACAGCUUCCUGAGGUGAUGAUUUUUGCCCUUUGUUUAUAUAUUCCCUCUCUGUCGUCUACACAAGUGAGCAUUCCAACUCUACUUCCUUUCCUAGAGCCAUUCAUACAGGUUUGAACUCAUUUUUGACGACUUGCUCUAUCACCUAACUACAAAACUCUUGUUAUUCAUCCAAAUCCAAUGAGCUCUCUUGCUGGAGUUUGCAGUUAUCCUAAUCCAUGUUUACACUGUUGAUCCAUUUCCUAAGAUGGGGAUCUGCUUACUUUUUGUUUUUUGUCUGGCAGGGCGGCAGACCUUUCAAAGGAUCGCGAUUCUCUCUUUUCACCCGUCCAACAACAGUUUUUUAUUAUAUAUAUAUAACAACAGAUAUUGUCACUACUCAAGCUCUGCAACUCCUAAUCCCUCCUCACCAUCUGAUUCACAACCAUGCUCACGAAGAGCAACAGCCAAGGAAAUCACACGCCAGGAGGAAUCGGCAAAGGGGGAGACAGUGGUAAAUGCAGAUCAGGCGAGUCGAGUCCGGGUUUCAGGUUCUGCAGGCGGCCAAAGAGAUCAGAGUUGUUGCCGCCGGGGAGAUUUUUCAGUCAUCUGGCUGAUAAGCUGUCCAAAGCCAUCUGUUUCAAGUGCAGAGCUUCGAGGCGGGUAUCUUCUUCUUCUUCUUCUUCUUCUUCUUCUUCUUCUUCUUCUUCUUCUGCGGGGGGAGGGUCAAGGCAAUUUGUGGCGCCAAUUGAUGUUUACAGAAAAGAGGCCAUCGAGGAAUGUAUUGAGUUCAUCAACCACUCCUCUACUCUGCCUCGAUCCAAAUCUGUCUCCGUGUAAACCCAAAUCUUGCAGCGAGUAGAAUUGAAUUAGUUCGAAAACCCAGAAGAAGAAUCUAAGCACCAAGCUUCUGCAGCGAGCGAGAGAGAGAGAGAGAGAGACCAUCUUCAAACAUCCGGUUUCAGUUUUCAUCAGGAAGCUAAGUCCACUAAGGAGCAUCAGAUGCAAGAGAUGAUAUAGGGUUUGUCAAUGUAGUAACGUAAUCUAAUAUCAUUUACUUGUUUCAUGCUAUCUUUGAGUUUUGAAGGAUCGGUAAUUUGUUGUAAAAGGGGAAUUUGAGUUCCUCUAAUCAGCUGAAAUCCAGUGUGAAUUAGUUUAGAUUCGUAAUGUUAUGAUGUUGUUUGAGGCAAUCAACCCGCACAGAUGAU